CCUCUCAAUAGGCCCUUGCUGCACCGCGCCCUUGAUAAGCCGGCUGCCUCCUAGAAGAAAUGCUCCGACCACGAGGAGCUUUUCACGGUUGUCCUUCGCUUAUUCUGGAAGCGGGUUCACUCUUUUGAAAUCCACGCCGUCUGGUAGGUGGGUUGCGACCUGAUAAAUAGAGCUUGUUUUUGAAGAUGGAAUGCGGAAGGUAUUUAGAACCUUUGAUGGCGUCGCUUUCCAGGAUCUGAUCGAGAACCCUUCACUUCAUGUUUCUGUCACUGCUCAGCUUGACCGAGUCCGCCGAGAUGUCUUUCUCUUCCCUCAAAGGUCUCCUGUCGCCGACUGCGGAGUACGAUGUCGAAAAGGACUCGAGAGAUAUGUCGUUAAACGACGGUGACACUACAACGUGCGAAGCUAAGCCAAGUCGUGAAGGGAAGGCAACAAAGCUCAUCGACGGACGAGUAAUCUCAGACGCCAUUAUCGGUCUUUCAGAUGGCAUGACCGUUCCCUUUGCCCUCACGGCCGGACUUUCUGCACUAGGAGACACAAAAGUCGUCGUGUUUGGUGGUUUUGCCGAGCUCAUAGCAGGCGCCAUAUCCAUGGGCCUAGGCGGCUACUUGGGUGCAAAGAGCGAAGAGGAAUCCUACCAUGCAACCCUCAAAGAAACUGAGAAACAAACAAUCACCGAUCAGGCCUCGGUGACUGAGACCAUCCAUGACAUCUUCACCCCCUACGACCUGCCCCCUGCACUCGUCACAGAACUCACUCACCACCUUUCCUCCUCGCCCAAUCUCCCUUCCUUCCUCAUGAACUUCCACCACUCGCUCCCCGAGCCGUCCGGCUCCCGAGCUCUGACAUGCGCCCUGACUAUUGCACUGGGGUACUUUAUCGGCGGCUUUGUCCCGCUCCUCCCAUACUUCUUCGUCGGAGAGAACGAUGCAUUCCUUGCAUUGAAGUGGUCAAUCGCUACAAUGGCAGUUGCGUUGUUUAUUUUCGGAUACGGAAAGACAUGCUUUGUGAGCGGGUGGAAGAGUAGUAGGAAUAUAAGAAAGGGGGUUGUUGGAGGCUUGCAGAUGGUUCUUAUAGGAGGGGUCGCAGCUGGAAGUGCAAUGGGGCUGGUGAAAGGGUUCCAGGCGUUGGCAGAUUCUUCCUGAGCCAGUGGAUUAUGGAAUAGAUAGGAGGUAUAUAUAUCGUGAUACUCAUUCGGUCGGCGUUAUUGUUGUAUUCUCUGGAGUUUGGAGUGAAAAUCGCAUAUGCAUCUAUGUUAGGUAAUCUACUAGGCACCUCUCAACUGAUAACAAGAGUCCUCGUCAUCAAAUCUACACGCCUGCUCUUCUCAAUCCAACACCAAUAAACUAACCUGAAUAGACAAGCGGAGACACAUUAACUCUCGAGUAUUCAAGCCUCGAAACAAUGUAAGAUACACCAAGCCCCUUUCUUAAUACAAUCCCAUACCAGGAACGAGUACGAGAAGGCAGCCGAGUUCCACCAGCAUAUACAAUGCCAAGAACAAUCAAGAUCCGCAGUCCCAUCCUUGACAUGAACCGGCGUCGGCGACGAGGAGAGGCUCAUCAAACUUCCAUUGUGCUCUAGUUGCACAUAGGGGGCAUUCAGGGCUAUGGGCGGGCGGGGCGGAGUAUACGGUCGAGCCUAUGAGUUUGCAUGCUUUCGGUCUUGCGUGGGCAGUUGGUAUGGAGAUGAUUGGGGAUUUGUUGUUGCCUAUGCCGGAAAUUAUGUUCAAGUCAAGACGUCAAGGAGUCCAGUCACUUGUGGGCGUCGAAUAUCCACGGAGAUGGAGAGUCUACUGAGUCCGA